UUUAUAUACACUUCUCCUUCUCUUCUUUUCCUCUCCCUCAACACCAAAAUCCCUCCAUUAAACAUCCCUUCUUCAUCUCAUAACACCUCCAAAAAACCCUUCAAUCCCCACCAAAAAUGGCCAUUAAAAAACCAGCAAAACUCCCACAAACCGCAGUACUUAAACAAAUACUCAAAAGGUGCUCAAGUUUAGGCAAAAAACAAGGUUAUAAUCAAGAAAAUGAGUACCCAGAAGAUGUACCAAAAGGGCAUUUUGCAGUUUAUGUUGGGUUCAAUAGAACAAGAUACAUUGUUCCAAUUUCUUUAUUAAGUAGGCCUGAAUUUCAAACUUUACUUCACCAAUCUGAAGAAGAAUUUGGUUUUUGUCAUGAAAUGGGUCUUACCAUCCCUUGUGAUGAACAUGUUUUUGAAUCUCUUACUUCUAUGCUUCUUAGAUAGUUUUUCUAUUAAUUAAUUAAUCCAAGCUACUAAUUAAUCAUGGGUUUUUUUUAAUUUUUUUAUUGGAGUAAGGCCGGAGAAUCCCGACGUAUAACAAGUGAUGGUGAAAGCGGAAUCAUUUUUCGGCUAGUAGGUUAA